GAGAGUAAUAUCCAUUGAGGUGUUACUAGUAAGCAUGGAGGAUGGAGAUUCUAUCUUUCAUAACGAGGAAAAUCGAGUUUCAGGUUCAUUUAUGUUUCAACAAGUUGAAGCCCGUGCAAAUCCAGGAUCUCCAAUAACUCCAUUCAACCCAGAAAAAGAUGACAUUGUGCCUCAACUAUCUGUGCGAGAAAGAAAUAUCUCACCUUUAAAAAGAUCCACAAAAAGAAGGAAACUUAAUUUGACUAUAGAGAUUCCUAAACCCUUUUUACCGGCCUUUGAUAUUUCUCAUCCUACUUUAUUACCACCACCGACACCUAUUGAUGCCAUCCCAAACCAUUCCAUAAACCCUGACACAUUUAUUGAAAUAAAUGAAGCGAUGAGCAUAGAUGAGUUCUGGGAAGAAUUAAAGAAUAAGGGUGGUGAUUUCUUAGACAACGCUUCUACCAGCUUUGACCCUUCUAUCGAGUUCAACUUUGAUGGAUUGGAUGAUGACUUUGAUCCUAAUACUGAGUUCAGAUUUGAUGGAAUGGAUGAUGACUUUGAUCCUUUUACUUUAUUCAACUUUGCUGAAAUAAAAUUAGAUUGGGAAUUUAAAAUGGAUGACUAAGAUAUUGUUUAAACAAUAUUUUGAUCAAAAACAAUACAAAUUAAUUAGUAAUUUGUUGAAAUGUUUGUGUUUGAAUAUUCUUAUUGUUAUUUUUCUUUUUUGUUCUGAGAAUAAGUGUAGACAUACUCCAAUAUUUUGUUUAUGCUUUAAAAUAUAUAAUAAUUAUAAUUGAAAUGAAA